UUUUUUUUCUUUCUUUUUUUUCUUUUUUUUAUUUUUACAGCUGCAGACACUGCCAACCAUAUCACAGCGCUGAUAAUAAUCCUUAUUAGAUAGCUUUUUAUUUCAUUUUUUUUAAAUGUAUCUAACGACCAGAUAAUUCCUGUGUGUUGAUCAGAGUCAUAUUAAAGGACAUCUCCUGGUGUAUGAAAAUGUCUCUUCUGUUGCGGGCGCGAGACACGAGACAAGGAGCGUCAGCCAUUAUAGCAUCAGCACUGCUGGUGUUUACGGUCUCUUCUGUGUCCUCCAUGGAAGUGCUCGUGGCACAGCAGAUCAAUGCCCUGAAUGGCACCAUGGUAAAGAUCUCCUGCACCUUUACGUCCUGCUACAAACUGGACAUCAGCAAAUUUGCUAUGAACUGGACCUACCAGGAGACCAAAAAUGAUACAGAGGAGAUGUUUAUGACCUUUAAGAACAGAAUAACUCCUUUGAGGACGGACCGUUUUGGGGACAGGGUAAAGUUUGCUGGAAACCUGGACAAAAAUGACCUUUCCAUUACCAUCUCAGACGUGCAGCUGUCAGACGAGGGGAUCUAUAAAUGUUCUGUACGCAAUCCUCCUGAUCGUGUCGAGGGCCAUGGCAGUAUCCAGCUGUCUGUAGUCACCGAGUUGCCCCCUCCCAGAGACUCGACCAUCGCGGUGGCAGUCGGAGCAUCUGUAGGAGGGAUGCUGGCUCUGGUGAUCCUCACCAUGGUGAUCAUCAAGUGUGUACGCAGACAUAAGAAACAGGAGCUCAUCUCUGAUGAACAGAAGAUGGAGGAGGAGGGGAAAACAGAUGGAGAUGGAGGCACAGAAGAAGGAACCAAACAAAUUUAACAUGCCUAUGACCUGAAGGACCUAAACUUUGGUUGAGCCCCAUUCUUCACAUGCAGAAAUGAUGUUUUCUUGAGCCAUCAUGCUGUCUCUGCAGUACUUUCCUUGGUAUGGAUCUUUCCUCAUUUGUGCAGACAAUAAACAAUCUGAUUUUUACUUUUUUUUUCUUUCUUUCUUUUUCCCCGGAAAACUCGGUUGCUAUACCUGCUAUACAUUCCAAGUGAGCCAGUGUAACGCUUCAGAUCAGGUUUCUGUUCUCCACUCUUCAGUGUAACUCUUAGAAUCUUCCACACAGUAUUUAUAGGAAGCGCACCACUUUUAAAAUGAUUUUUUGUUUAGUGUCUUCCAACCACUGCCAGUAUAUUCACAGCGUGACUAUUGUUAAAGGUAAAGCACACUAUUCCUACUAUUGCCUAAUUGGUAGUAGUUUGAUUUUUAUAGAUGAUUCUGACGACUUUAUUUGUAUUUCUCAUCUGAUGCAAAAAAAAAAAGUCCUCUUUCUCUUUGAGAGCCAAAUGUACUUACGAGUACAGCAACAUUCCAAAAAAAAAAAAAAAGCCACUUUGCUUUUGUGUUUUAAAUGUGUUUUGCUCCUUCUUUACCAAUGGAGGGUGUGUUUCUUGAAGAACUUUGUUAACGGAUACUUAAAUCAAUACAAGCUGCUAGACUUUGGAUUCACAGCGAAGAUAAACUCUAACGACGGAUCAGAAACCGAAACGGUGCAAAUCUUAUAACGCUAGCAUAGAAAUGAAUAGACAUUUAUGGAUAUCACUUAGUUAUUGAUGUACUUUAAUACUUUAAUAAAUGUCAUUUGUGAAAAAGGUAAAAUUUUAACGAUGUUUGAUCUCAUUUAAGUAAGCAUUUAGCCGCAGGAGCUCAUUUCAUUUAGCGUUCGUCGUUAAAAUUUAGCACAGAAUUCACUAGCUUGUCUGUUGUAAAUUAUGUUAGACUUCGCUACCUAAUCUGACAUCAUGUACGUUAGCAUUCCAAAGCUAAUCGAUGGUAUUUUAGCUCAGCGUUAGUUCGCUAAUCUGUGGUAAUUUACAUUAGCAUUUGCUAGCUAGGUAUUUUUUUAAAUAUUAGUAUUCAUUAGCUACUCUAGUCUGAGGUAAUUUACCGUACAUUAGCUUUCGUUCACUAGUCUGAGGUAAUUGUAAGUACGUUUAAGUAAGGUUAUUUUACUUUGAAAUGUUAGUUGGGAGAAGUUGCGAAUUAACUAAAGUCUGAUGUAGAACAAAUCAUGUAAUAAAUCCUGUGAGAAUUUUACGUUUGUCAGAUCAUACCACAUCUUUCAUGGUCAGACAAGUUGGACAAAAUGAUGAUUAAGCAUAAUUGAUACAGUUCAAAUUAUGUUAGCACAAUAUUGUAUUAACAUAACUGCAAAAUGUCAGACACUGAAAGAUCUAUUUUACGGGUGAAGACCACGCCCUCAACUACUGAAAUGGAGAAAGACAAGGAUGGGAAUUUCUAGGAAUUUAAUUAAGAAGAAGUUAUAGGUUGAUGUGUGGUCCUUGAUGUGUGGUCCAAGCUUCAGUUUUUUUCUAACUUCAUUUUGCGAGUUAAAUAAGAUCUUAACUUCUUGUUGAGAUUGAGGGAGUGGGGAGAACUUUAAGUUUAGAUUAGAGUUCUGAUCAGCUACUUAUCUGUGCUAAAUUUAAAUGCUGGAUUAUGAGAGUCAGUUGCCCGGCCCUGUAUCUUGGUCUAGAUGUAGCUGUAGUGUAUCUAUGAGAUGAGCCCAUGGAGAUGUACUGAUCUAGAAGUGUGAUCGGAAAAUCGUCGGAGGAGGUGUGAAAGGAUCCAAUUAAAGAGCUUCUUGGGGUUAAGUGCAGCCAGAUGGACUUGUAUAGUGGAAGGAUGAAAGCUGAGACUUGAGCUAGUGUGAUAGUGAAGGAAUGGCAUUAGGUCACUAAGUGGGGUGUCCUUAUAGACUGUGAAAGAAUGACCAAUUAUCAGUGUACUGAACGGCUGUCUGAUCAAACCACCGAAGGGCAGCAUGGACAAUGAGGCAUGGCUCCCGUCAGUUGAAGGCACAUCUGACUCAAGAAGGUGAUUUUGGCAUGUUGGAAAGAGAGGUUGUUCCAGAGUUGAAGGAGAAAUAAAACCUACUUUCUGCAAAACAUCGAUGUGUUAGUUAACGUGAGCCGGUAGACGAAUGACCACCAAAGACCAGUAAAGAGUUAUUUUAUAUUAUUAAACCAGUAAAGAUUGGCUGAGAUGACCAUUGUAAGCUGGUAGACCACUGAGCAGCAAAUUUAAGCUAGGGUGACCACCAUAAGCUGGCAGAUUGCUGACCAAAAAAGACAACCUAGCUCUGUGAGCACGCAACAAUUAAAGACCAUUCUUAAGAUGAAGCGAACAAACUACUUUAGGAACCUUACACAUUAUGAAACUUUUCAAGAAACGCACCCCAGAACGGUAUUUUAGCAGCAGUAUGUUCAAUAAGUAAUUCUGACUUUUUUUUUUUCUUUUCCUAUUUGGUCUUCAUAUAAUGACAUUGAAUUGUCAUUCAGGGAAAAUUGCUGAGAUAGAACUCGUUCUAAUAUAUUUAGAUUAAAAAUUAUAUAUAUAUAUAUAUAUAUAUAUAUAUAUAUAGUAUGCUUGAAUGUAUUUGUGAUCCGUAUUGUCGAACAUUCCUUGAGUAUUUUUCUUAUUUUUUUCUAAACUAUUACAUUAUUUGUAAUAUAUAUAUACGACACUGCUUUAUUGUUUUCAGAUAAUCAAACGAAACAAACAAUCAAACAAAUACAUGGAGUCAUUUUUAUGUGCACAAAGUAAAAGUUAUUUAAUGCACAAAAAUAUGUCUUGUAAGCAGGGGCCAAAUUGUCUUUUCACUCUAAUCGAACCACGCGAGAGUUCACUUGGAAGUGGCCUGAGACUAAUAUUAGUUUCUAAUUCUUUUCUAAACUAUUAGCAUCACUAAUGUAGAAAAAAACAUAUGUAGCUACUUCUUAUGUAAGUAACAGCACACUGCAAAAAUAUCAUCUUAGCAAGUGAAAAGAUCUUAAAUACGCUCACAUUGAUCUAGUAUUUCCUAUUAUAAGAUUACAACAGAGCAAAUAUAAUAUUAUUAAUAAACCUAUUUCUAGACUUUCAAGCUUUAAAGGUUCUUAUUCUAUUGGCAGAGCAUUUCAUUUCUGUCUAGAAAUAAAUGCUAAAAAUGUGCCCAAUUGUCUGGCAAUAAUACAAGACUAUUUCAAGCUUGAAAUUAAUAAGCAUGGCUAAAAAUAGGAUUAAAAAUCUUAUGUUUGGUUUGUUGUAAUAUUAUAAUCGGAAAUGCUGGACAAAUCUGUCUAUACUCAAGGUAUUUCCACUAUAAUUUUUUGUAGAAAACAAUAUUAUUGGUUAUCUAUAUUAAUAACUUAGCCAUUCAAAAGUAUGAUAAUCUAAUACACCACGCUGCUUGCUCUACAUGCAGUUUAAAGUAAAAUACACUCUUUAGUACAUAGUUUGGUAGUAAAACAUAAACAAUAAGACAUUCUCAUUUCCAUAUCAAGAAACAUUUCCUAGCUUACUACUGACUUUAGUACUGAAUAGUGGUUUCUGGCAUGUUUUGUAUCCAUUGCAUGUUGUAAAUAUUCCCUAAAAACUGUGCUGUGUUGAGAAGGAAUGACAAUAAGGCUUGACUUGACAUAGGAAGCUUGAUUUAGAUCACAACUCUUUAGCACCUGUUAUAGAAAUGAGCAAAAAUAUAUAUUUAAAAUGAAUAACAUAUAUAAAUAAAUGAGUUGUACUUUGAGCUGGACGAUUUAUUUUUAUAUAUUAGUUUUUUUUCUAGUUAUUGCAAAUAAUACUUCUGCAAGUAUUCUACUUGUUUCUGAAUUAUUGGCCGAAAGCUUAUAAUAUGACCAAACUUAAAACCAAACAUCAAUUUUAGUCACAAUGUAGCAAGAAGUUCAGGCACUGCAUAAUGUGGGUUGCUUUCAGAUAGACUUUCUUCCAGACAGAUUGUUGUUAUGGAGGUUACAUACAGGCACAUAUGUUACUAGCCUUAUUCACCCCUCAUAACCACCAGUGGAAUUGAGAAUCACCUGUAUAACUUACACUAGCCACAAUAUAAUCAGGAACCUGGUGUGCCUUAAUGGAAAGGUGUUUGAAGAUGACCACCAUAUUCACACCACUGGGAGCUAGGUUCACCUUGUAGAACUAGGAAGAAUUGCAUGGCAGGAUACCUCAUAGAUGCUCCGCAUAGUUUGGCAUAUCACAUUUAGGGCCGGGUAUCCAGCCUGUCUAUAGACCGUGGUGAUGUCCACCACACAAUGGGCAACCAAUAACAUUCAUCUUUGGCUGCUCAAAAGGAGGGGCCUAACGGGACUCAUAAUGAGGUGAUUCCACUACAAUCCAGCUGUGUCCCAUCCUUCUAGAAACAUCAUCAUCAGCUUGAAAUACUUGUAUUACAACCCUUUCAAAACCUUCUUCCACUCAACAAGAGUUAACCAAAACCUGGAAGUGUCUCAGAAUGGGUAAAGAGAACUUGAAGGUCAGAUUGCCUACUCUCAAUUCUAGAUAGUUGAUGUGUUCUGGUCUUACAUCAGGGUUCCACAUGCCGCUAUGCCCUUGUAGCUCCACACUGCCCCCAAGCCUGUAACUGGAGCAUCUGUCGUGACUCACUCUGAUGGAGCAUCUCUGCUCAGCAGACCCCUUUCCUUAGAAAACUUUGCAUCUCUAGCAAACUAGAGCUUGUGCCACUCUUUCAGAACCAGUUUGACCACCAUAUCAUGCAUAAAAGGGAUGAUCUUUUGGAACCAGUCUCGAAUUGGAUGGAAAUUGCCAUUCUUUUUCUGAACAAGAUGAACAGUGAGGUCCACCUUUUCAUUUGUGUCUCUGGCCAAGAGAAAUGGAAAUUCUUGGGUCUUAGCAACAACCUUUUGUGGGUCUGAUGUCAACAAGGGCCUGUGGUCUCAAACUGUUGAGGACUGGGUACAUGUAUUCCUGCAUCAUCAUCAUCAGUACAUGCUGAUCUGAUAUUGUAGUUGGCAAUGUUUUGUAUGGAUUAUGCUAACCACAGAGCAGAUUAUUCUCAUCACACUUGGCAGUUGUCACAAAGCUUGAACUGUUCUUUAAAGCUCUCAAUAUCUGUUGAUAUCUCAAUAUCUCAAUACCCUUGUACUCUGAAUUCUGCCAUGCAAAAGAACGCAUUCAGUGUCAUUGAUUGUAUGGCAGAAUCCAAUCCCACUUGGGCCACUGUAGCUUGAAGAGUGAUUGCUAUGGCUAAUUUGGAGACUGUUAUGGCUAAUUUUUGAGUCAUAUGGCAGUUUAACUGCUAGGACAUGAGCCUAGGAGAAACUCCUGAUGUGGGUGUAGAUACAGCAUCAUUGGGUUAGGGUUGAGGUUAGUUUUCCAAUGAGGAAUGGAGAUGAUGACUAUUCUUUAAGCAGUCUGUCUGAGUUGUGCUCUGAGAACUCCAAAACCAUUCAUUUUAGUCAGGUCUGUCAUGAAGCCAUUAACUGACCUCAAAAUUCACACAGAAUGCUUUCUGGGCUUCUUGUUAUGCUUAAAGAUUAGCACUUGGGUUUUUGUUUUUUUUUGCUUUUGGUUGCAAAAAUGGUCCAAUUGUUGCAGAUACGAGAGAACUUAACUUAUCAGGCCCAGUAGUCAACAACGCAUGGUAUAGUAAGAGAAAACUAGCUCAACCCAGUAGUAGAAAUGAGAGAUUAGUGCUGGGGAAACAACACAUCAAGUACCUAGAAAAGGCUUUCACAGUGUAUAAAAUACACUGACUGUGCUAGAAGAGCCAAAGAGAUUUGAGGAACCCAUCUUCAGCUUUGAAAGACAGGGAAGCUGAUAGCCGCAUACAGUGUGUACGUGGUCCUACAUGUGUACGAGGUGAGAAUAUUAAAGAGAAAGAUGGCUGUAUGGCUAGUAUUUAUUGCAAAAAAAAACUGCAUCAUACCUUACAUCGUGACUUUUUUGGAAGGUGGAAGAUACCCAGGUGACUCUCACUACCCCUGACAGUUAGGACGGGUCAAAUAGAACGGACUUAUGCAUUCAAGCUAGUGGUAAUGGAUAACACAGCAGUGUUAUGUCUGCAUCCUUAUAUUUGGUCAAAGGCAACAUACAGUAUACAAUUACAAAAUUUUAUAACAAUAGAACAACUUUUAACAAUCGAUAUUGUCCCAGGAAAAACUCCCUGAGAUAACAAUAGACUGUCAGAGGCAGCAAAAGUGUUAGUUUUUUUUGAGAAUAAUACUUUUUUUAAACACUGUCUCCAAUUGUUUAAAUAGAAUCGUUCAUUAUAAUCAUUGUAUACAAUCAUCGUUCUCUUAUAGGUGCCGCUUUCACUUGGUUAGGGUCACAACCAGGUGGGGAAAAAAGCCAGUUAAUUGGAAUAGAAAAGAAAGAAAGAUGUAAAAAGGAAUUAGGUAGUGGUAGCAGUUGAUCUAGGUGAACUUUAACCCUGCAAACCUUUGUGAAGAUCCGGCGGGGGGGGGGAUAGCUAGCUUGCUAAUGUAACAUCUAUGGUUCCUACAAAAUCACAGACACCUGUAUCGCCCAUAAUCACCUUAUUUUUGCUCCUCUCCAGGGUAAGAGGGGUCAAAAGGGGGAAAAUCCAGUGCAAACUACUUAAAACAGUUGUAUCUUUCUUAGGUCUACUAAAUUUACAAAACGCUGAAACACCAAAUCCAUUAAAAAAAACAAACAAAAAAAAACUAUUUUUUUGGUAGCAAUGCAUCAAAAAAAACCUGCAAAUAAACAAAGAUAAUAUAUUUUAAAAAAACUUUUCCAGUAAAAUGGUUGAGUGUCAGGUCACAUUAUAAAGAUACACCAUGCGCUUGCACUGGCAGGACUCGCAUGGCAAAUGCCAACAUUGGACUCGUUCUUUAUUCUAUGGACUCAUUAAAAUGCAGCAUUUAUUAACACAGGAUUAUAUUGUAUUGCAAGCGGCACUACGGUGGUUCAGGUUACGAUCCUCGGUUCAAAAUGACCUUCACGCUCCAUUCAUCUGCAUUAUCCUUUAAAUGUAUUACUUUCUUGAUAUUGAACCAUAUUUUCGUAAACGUUUAAUGCUUUCUUUAAUCAUUUGUGGAUUUUGAUUCGUUUCCAAUGUCAUUUCUAAAUGCACAGUGUGUGAUUAGGAUCUUGAAUAAACCAAUAAAAGAUCACAGCGCAGCUUGAGGGGUUUACAGAAACGCUCCUGAUUUUUGAGCGCAGUACGGAGGGAAUGCAGCCUUAACUUUACUCAGUAUUCACACGCCUAAUGCUCACCUGAAUGAAUGAAUGACCAGCAUGAUUACGUAACGCAGUAGAGAUACGAUACACAGCUGUAUAAAAGAAGUCCCUUAAAAACCAUAUAAUGCACGGUUUGAAUAUAUUGCACAUCUUUGAUUGUUCCAAUCUUUUUUUUUUUUUUUUUUUUUCCAGUGCUUAUGUGAAUGUGAUGUUGCAGGUAUUGUAUGUAUAUUGUAUAAGAUUUGUCAUUAUGUACUGCAUAGCCCUGCAUAAAUUUUAAACUGAAUGAGAAGUAAAUGUCAGGUGGACCAUAGAUUUUGUUCAGUUAAUGUGGGUCAUUGCUUUUGCAUCGGGCAAAAUGUACACUAGACAGAAUUAAAAUAAACUAUAAAGUAAAU